CAUCACCACCGAAAAACGGUAAAACGCACCGCAGGUAGUAAACAACAUCAAAACAACGUGUUUCGUGCUGGUCCAGAGCGGUAUUUUUCCUGUUAAUUUAGUGCAUAAAUCGAAACAUUUAGCUACAGCUUUACUCGAUAGUAACGAGUAUGUCGACAGGUAGAAUAAAAAAGCCGAUGACCCGCCGGGGCAAACGGGUACUGGAUGGCCGGGAACCGAAAACAAUCGAAAAUCCUAAAAAGACGCUCAUCAUGGAGGGUCGCAAAUGUUCCAACGAGGUACGGCAGGCCCUGAAGGAUUUGCACCUCUUCAAGAAACCGCUCGUUAGCUUGAUGCGUCGGAACAACGACGUGACGAUGUUCGAGGAUGCCACACCAUUGGAGCAGCUCGCAAAAUCAAACGACUGCCACCUGUUCAUAUUCGGGUCAUCCUCCAAGAAACGUCCGAAUAAUCUGAUUUUGGGCCGAAUCUACGAUGAGCAGGUACUGGACAUGUUCGAAUUGGGUAUCAAGCAGUAUAAAAGCCUACAGGAGUUUAAAAACGAGAAAAUAUCGGCCUUCGUCAAACCGGUCAUCAUAUUCAACGGCUACAAAUGGAAGCUAACCGAGGAGCUACGCCGCUUGCGAAGCCUGCUGCUGGACAUGUUUCGAAUCGAAACGAUUGACUCGAUCCGACUGCAGGGUCUGGAACAUGUGCUAAGUUUCACCAUUACAGAAGAUUUGACCGUCAUGAUGCGUUCUUAUCGGAUGCAAUUGAAGAAAAGUGGGCAACGGACGCCGCGUAUCGAGCUUACCGAAAUGGGUCCAUCGAUGGAUUUGACCAUCCGAAGGACGAAGAUCGCUUCGGAUGAUCUGUACGCGAGAUCGCUCAAGCAGCCGGCUAUCUUGAAGGUUGCCAAACGGAAGAAUAUCAGCCGCGAUGAGCUGGGUAACGUUCACGGAAGAGUGCACGUGGGCAAACAGAAGAUCAACGAUAUCCAGACGCGUAAGAUGAAAGGUCUGCGAAAAACGUCCGAAGAGAAGAAAGCCGAGCGGAGCAAAAAGAAGGCAGCCCGUGCUGCGGAGUCCGAUGUCGAUAAUGCCUCCGAUUACGACGAUGUGGGUGGUGGAAGUGAUGGCGAACGCGGUGGAAUGGAUGUGGAUGAUGAUGAGUGAUGCGAGGUUCAAAUUUUUGUAGUUUUAUAUAAAUAAAUAUAAAGGACCAUAUUCGGAA